GGACGGGGGAGGGGAGAGGUCGGGCCGGAUGCUCUGCGGGGGGCUCUGCCCGCCCCCGGCUCCGCUGGAGCCUCAGCCUAUGAGCCAUUAACCAGGAGCAGCUGUCCUGGGAAGGAGCCCAGCCGCCUCCCCGCCCCGCCGGAGCCCCACAUGCGGAAGGUUUGGGUGCCUGGGUUCUCCCCAGCCAAGUUGGGCUCCAAAUGAUGAGCGUGCUAGCACCAGUCCGGAGGGACCGGAUCAUCGCAGAGCUGCCUCAGUGUUUUCACAAAGAGGCUGCCCUCCAUUCGCGCUCCAGCUUUCAUCCCCAAGUAACCGGUGCCUGCCAGGAGCAGCGAACGGGGACAGUGGGCAGGUUUAAGAUCUCCAAGAUCAUCGUGGUGGGAGACCUGUCAGUGGGCAAGACCUGCUUAAUCAACCGGUUCUGCAAGGACACAUUCGAUAAGAACUACAAGGCGACCAUCGGGGUGGACUUUGAGAUGGAGCGCUUUGAGGUGCUUGGCGUCCCCUUCAGCUUACAGCUGUGGGACACGGCUGGCCAGGAGAGGUUCAAGUGCAUCGCAUCCACCUAUUACCGCGGAGCACAAGCGAUAGUGAUUGUGUUCGAUGUGAACGACGUGGCAUCUCUAGCGCACACCAGGCAGUGGCUGGCUGACGCCCUGAAGGAGAACGACCCCUCCAACGUGAUCCUCUUCCUGGUGGGCUCGAAGAAGGAUCUGAGCCCGCCUGCGCAGUACAGCCUCAUCGAGAGAGAUGCCAUCAAGGUGGCCAAGGAGAUGCAUGCAGAGUACUGGGCUGUCUCCUCGCUCACUGGGGAGAACGUGAGGGAAUUUUUCUUCCGCGUGGCCUCGCUGACCUUCGAGAGCAGCGUGCUGGCCGAGCUGGAGAAGAGCAGCGCCAGGAAGAUCGGGGACGUCGUGCGGAUUCACAGCACUGACAGCGACCUGUACCUGACGGCACAGAGGGGGAAAUCCAAGUGCUGCCGCUGAUGGGGGACGCCAGCCCUGCCCCGCUGUUUGCACUGAACUCUCUUCGCUACCAAAGAGCUGCUGGCAGAUCCCAGCCAUGGGCCUGUGGGGGCUGGUGCUGGCUCAGUGACGAUACCUCCCCCAGCUCAGCUCCUGUCCCCACCUCUCCCCUGCUCAACCAGAACUAGUCCUUCCCUCUGUCCCUAGUGCAGGGGCAGCCCGGAGUGGGGCUGGGCAGCUGGGGACCAUGGCCUGGCUCCGGCUCCUGGCGCUGGGAUGAAGCGUGGGCAGCAGCCAGGCGUUUGACCGCUCCUUGCCCUAACCUACCCUGGGGGCAAUGGAGGCAGCUGAGCAUCCCUCUGUUCUGUGUCCUGCAGUGUCCCCUCCUAGCUGGGACAGGAAUCCCCCCUCCCUUCCUUGUGGGCUAGGGCAGAGCGUGGUCUCUGCAUGCCCCUUCCCUGGCCCCAGGGCUGGUGCUGGCUGGGCAGGGCACUGCCCUGGUUUCAUCCCUGUGGGUUAAUGCUGCCAGGAGCCUGCGGGGCUGACUCUGGCCAGCCGCGGAGCCAGGCAGCGUCCUGCCCACCUACUGCAACAAGAGCCGGGAGGCAGAUGGAGCAGCAGCCUGGGACUUGCCCCGCUUCCGUCCCCAGAGACCCUGCUGCCUGCAGGGAAAGGGAAGAGACUGCACAAGCUCCUUAACUAUGCAAAUCAGUGUGUAAUUAGCAAGGGGAGAGGUCUCCUGGCGCUGACGCUAUGUAAUAAACCCUGAUUUCUAUGCUUUUUUAAAAAAAAGAAAAUACCCAGUGAUGGAGGGGACCAGAUUUCCUCUGGGAGCAAGGGGCCCGAAGCGUUCUGUGAUGCCUCGGCAGGGUGGGAGCCACUCAGGGAGGGCCCGUGAGACUUUCCCGGUCUGAGGGGCAUUAGAACAAGGAGGAAGCAGCUCGGGGUUGCAGCCCCCGCCCCCUCUGCACACUGACCGCACAGCCAGAGAGAGGAGCAGCAUGCCGGAUUUCAGACAGACGCUGGGGGGCACUGCCAGCAG